UAAGGCCACUUACACUCUGUCCAGUUAGAUAUUUGUGUGGAGAUUAAGAGAGAGAGACUAAUAAGAAAGAACUUGUUAUGGGGCAGGUCAGGCGUCAUUCAUGGAGUCAUUUGUAGGGUCAAGUCCCCAGCCGAUCUAUUUGAACCCCUCAUUAUUUGUGGCCAUGUAUUAACUACUAAGUGAGUCUUUGACAUGAAGACAGUGGUUAGAUUCUGCCAUUGGGACUGCUCUGAUGUUGUUUCCAUUCUCUCCUGGUUAUGACCAUAGAGCCUUGUCCCAGUCUCUAGACCUGCCUGUCUGUGUGGUGGAUGACCACCUGACCUCUGAAGCUGUCAAUGAGAUGGAGCAGAGCAAUUCUACCAGGAGCAGAGCAACCUCAGUGAUGGAAACCACAGAAGAGGGGAAGCUCAACACUGUGGAACAUCUGACACUUAUGGACUUCCUUCAAAACCUAACUGAGAAGCAAUGGAGGGGGAUUCGUGAGGGCAUGUUUGACCCGCUGACAAAACAACAGCUUGCCGGCUUGUGUCUGAGGAUUGUCCAGUUUUUAUCGGACAAGCUGAUGCAGAUCAUCAUCCCAGGUCUUUACGAACUACUGGGCAUCCAAGAUGCUGCCUCUCCAUUGUCACAGAGAUCUCUCACAGCGUCACUCACCAGUCUGUUAGACGAUAAGACUAACACCAAGUCCCGUGUGAGAUUUACUGAGGCUGGUGUACCUAAGAGGCCAGGCAGUCGAAAGUCUUACAAUAGCUUUCGCAUCCCGACUCCCUACCCUUCCUCCAACUGUAUGGAGCAGGAAGAGGAAGAAGAGCAGGAAUCACAACAUAAGUUCAAGGAGAUUUACCUGACUAAGGGCAGUGGAAGCUACCUGCCCAAUGGGGCCAUGAGGUAUGUUCUUAAAGGGAAAUUUAACAACUUCAUAUUCAUCUCCAGCAUCACCAUAUGUGAACAUUACACAUUUCCAUGCUUUGUAGUAAAAAAAAUAUAGAGGGACGUAACUGUUUCCAAUAGUGCUGAGAAAUUAGUGCUUUUUGAGGUUGGUUUGGUUUCGAUUCAAAUAUUUAAAAAAUAAUCACGGUUUUGGAUUUCAAUGCAAUGGAUUAUGGGAAUUAAUUGCCAUAUUUUCUGUGCCAAACUAUGUAGAAUAUUGACCUGUUGGAAACUACAACUCCCUACUACAUUGCAUAGUUCGUGCUUGAUCUGAUUUAUCUCUACAGAAACUGAGCAUCGAGCUCACAGAAGAAGAAAAAAAUUAACUAUAUGGAAUUCAAAUAAUUGAGCCGACGUCGGUCAAUUAGUUGUUUAAAAACCGAAAAAUAACAAAAAUGUUGGUUAAAUGCUCAGCUCUAGAUUCUAAUGACAUCAUCAGUGUGCAUCGUGUGAUUUUAACCAAUUAUGAGUAGGCAUUGCCUACUAAUUGGUUGAUGAUGUCAUAGAAAACACUUAUCUUCCUCUUUCUUUUUUACUACAAAACAUAGAAAUGCCCGUUUUUCACAUAUGCUGAUGUUGGGGUGGUGCUGGAGAUGAUGAAUAUGAAGUUGAAACGUUUAGAAAUUUCCCUUUAACAUUUCUUCAAACUGCCUUGUAUUUAUGAUUGUCCUUGAAGUUACAGUAUUUGAAGUUUAUAGCAAUUUGGAUUUAUGUAGAGGAUAGAUAUUGCCAGGAUAGAUAGAUAUCUACAGGCCAGUUUCAAUACAAAUGACUUAUACAAAAGACAUUUUAUUGGGCUUUAGAAAUUAAGCAGUUAGGCUGACAUCACACUAAGGUUUUUUCUCAGAGAAACAGCAGCAUUUUCCUCAUUGUUUUCAAUGAUGCAGAUGUAUUUGACACACUGAAUGUGCAUCACAGCCUAACAUAUUAUUUGUUUGACUUUGAUGAUUUCUGUUGUUUUUUUCCCCAAGGACUCUAACCUCUCUGUCUGAUGUGCAGAGGAAAACAACCAACUCUGAGACACUACAAGUCCUCUUAGGUGUCUCAGAGGACACCCUCGUCACCUGUGUGCAGGACAGCCUGCAAGGUUCUCUCUCCAAACUUGCAUGCAUGUCCAAUUCUCCAUCUGGAAGUGCAGGCUCUCCGAAGAUGACCCCUGCUGUAAUGGCAGAAGUGAUUAAAGAUGUCAAGUCGGCCGUAUCAGUGGUCGUUAAGAGUGCCUCCGCUAGACAAACCUCUCAAGUGACACCGGUAAGGGGAGACUCACAGACCAAGGUGACUGAGAGCAUGGUGAGAGAGCUGGCUGCUAAACUUGAAAAAGUUGACCAAGAGAGCAAGAGUCUAACAGGGCAAGUCAUGACCAUGAUCUCUGACACAAUGGUGGCUUUUGUUGAC